UGGGAACAUGCUUCAUGGACCACUCCCUUCAACUUUGGGUCAUUUAACCAAAUUAACUCAAUUGUCAGUUUAUGAGAACCAAAUGAAUGGUUCAAUCCCUUCACAGAUAUGGAAUCUAACAAACCUUACUUAUCUUGACCUAAGCAGUAAUACGUUCACCGGCCAACUACCUUCAGCUCUGGGUCAAUUAACGAAUUUGUCCACAUUGUAUCUUGAUUCAAACCAGUUUAGUAGAGCCAUCCCUUUAGAAAUAGGAAAGCUAGUCAGCCUGCGAACUUUGAGUUUAAGUUAUAAUAUGCUUCCUCCAACAUUUUUUCAUUUAACCAAUUUGAAUAAUUUGUAUCUUUUCUCCAACCAAUUGAACGAAUCCAUCCCUUCAGAAAUAGGAAAGCUAGUCAACCUGCAAACUCUGCAAUUAGCUUCUGGUAUGUUCACUGGACCAUUGCCUUCAACAUUGUUUCAUUUAACCAAUUUAAAUGCUCUGUAUCUUUUUUCCAACAAAAUUAAUGGAUCCAUCCCCCAAGAAGUUGGAAAUCUAAAAAAUCUUACCUAUUUGUAUCUUUGGAAUAACAGCUUAACAGGUCCAAUUCCUUCGGCUAUUUGUAAUUUAGCCAAGCUAAAAAGCCUGGCCCUUGAUCACAACCAAUUGAGUGGUUCCUUGCCAGUGGGAAUAGGGAAUUUGAAGAAUUUAACGUAUCUGGAUCUUAGUUUCAACAACCUCACCGGUACAAUUCAUCAGUGGUUCAAUGAAGUGAACCAAAUGAGUGGUUCCUUGACCUUGGGGGUAGGGAAUUUGAAGAGUUUGAGAUCUCUAGAUCUUAGUUUCAACAGUCUCACCGGUCCAAUCGCGCCAUCUUUUGGCGAUUGUCUAGAGAACAUGAAGUAUCUUAAUUUGUCGCAUAACCAGUUAAAAGGAACCAUUCCAAAGAAGAUGUGUACCCUCUCUGAAAGUACUUUGGACCUUAGUUACAAUUCCAUUGGUGGUGAAAUACCUUUUCAACUCCAAAAAUUGAAAAACUUCACCAUCUUGAACCUAGCAUACAACAAUCUUAGUGGAAGUAUUCCCUCUUCUGUUCGAUCCUUCUAUCAAAUCAAUUUGUCUUACAAUCGUUUAAAAGGUCCAAUACCAGAUGAGCUAGCCACUCAUUUUCCAGUGGGUGCAUUUGUCGGCAAUCAAGAUUUAUGCGGUAAUGUCACAGGUAUCCGUCCUUGCUUUCAAAAUAGCCCACCAACUGAUCAAGCUGUUGGAGCAAAAAACCACAAAAACAAAAAAUUCUCUUACAUAAUCAGAGUCAUAGUUCCCAUCUCGGUUUUCCUUGCCUUGUUAUUCAUAAUGAUUGGAGCUCUGUUCUAUUCCCGUCGAAUUAAAAACAAUAAAGGUCAAUCAGUUUCUGAGACAAGAGUCAAGAAUGGAGAUAUCUUUUUCAUUUGGAAUUAUGAUGGAAAAAUUGCAUACCAUGACAUCAUCGAAGCAACCAUGGACUUUGACAUUAGAUAUUGCAUUGGGACCGGUGGUUAUGGAAGUGUCUACAGAGCACAACUACCUGGUGGAAAAGUAGUUGCCUUGAAGAAGCUGCAUGGUUCAGAGGCUGAACAGCCAAAUUUGAGGAAAAGUUUCAUGAACGAGGUCAAAACGUUGACGGAAGUACGGCAUCGAAACAUUGUGAGACUCCAUGGUUUUUGUUUGCACAAAAGAUGCAUGUUUUUGAUUUAUGAAUACAUGGAAAGAGGAAGCUUGUUUUGUGUCCUGAACAAUGAUGCAGAGGCAGUGGAAUUGGACUGGAGCAAAAGAGUGAAUAUUAUAAAAGGCAUUGGGCAUGCCUUGUGUUACAUGCAUCAUGAUUGCACUCCACCAAUUGUUCAUCGGGAUGUAACCAGCAAUAACAUUUUACUCAACUCGGAACUGGAGGCUAUUGUUUCUGAUUUUGGCACAGCUAAACUCCUUGAUCCAGAUUUAUCAAGUCAAACCAUACUUGCUGGGACUUAUGGUUAUAUUGCUCCAGAGCUUGCCUAUACAUUGUCUGUGACUGAAAAAUGCGAUGUUUAUAGCUUUGGAGUGGUGGUACUUGAAACGAUUAUGGGAAAGCAUCCAAAAGAACUGUUGUCAUCAUUAGCAUUCUCUUCCACACAAAGUCUACUGCUUAUUGAAAUACUAGACCAACGCCUACCGCCUCCAAGAAGUCGGUCCAGUAUUCAGGAUGUUGUGCUUGUUUUAGCAAUUGCAUUUGCAUGUUUACAAGCUAACCCAAAGCGUCGACCAACAAUGCAGAGUGUCUCUAAAGAGUUUCUUGCUUGCAGGAAACUGUUUGCCAAGGGCUUUCAUGAUAUCUCAGUCGGGCAUCUCAUGAAUCCACAGGUCUAUCUACAUGACCAAAUUAAUGGGUUGUCUACAAUUAAUUCGGUUGAAUGAUAUUUGUCUUGUUACAAGGACCUAUCUCCAUUAGAUACAGUUUAAGCGGCUUUUUAAAGAGGAAUUGGGCCCAUUUAAUGACCUUGUAACUUACGGCCCCAGUAUCCAUACGAAGUACAGAAUUGGGCUUCUCUUUUUCUUUUUCUUUUUUAUUUUUAUGGAGCCUGUCCAGCAAGUUAUGUUUUAAAAUUUGGUCCUGUUUUUAUUUAUUUCUUUAUUUUUUUUGUUGGGGUUAAAUUGUCCAGUUUUUAUACAUACACCCUUAAGCAGUCAACGUUAUUACUAAAUAUAUACACAGUGUCAGUUCUAACUGAGAUUUAUGUUUAGAUAAAGGAAAAAAUAAAUCCUUACCAAAACAAACGAAUACAUCACAUAACAGCUUUAUAACUUCAAUAAAUACAAUUCUAUACUUAUUGUUCAA